UUGAGAAAAACAAAAAUGAAAAAAAGCCAAAUAUUAGGUUCGAUCAUCAACAUACUGCAAUUUUGGCAACAGGGUACCCGCCCGAGUACCUUAUACGUACCUAAAAGUACUUUAAGGUACUUCAGUAUCCGAAAGUUCCUGUGACAUACUAGUAGCAGGGUACUUUUCAGGUACCCUUAGCUCAGUACAUUCACUAGGGAGGGCAAACACGAAGCCAGUCGCGACACCGAGUCUUACAAAAAAACGGGUAGCGUUAGCUUUUUUCUAUCAGACUGCCGACGAUUGGAACGCCUUACCAGAAACGGUUGUUGCGGUAUGUACUCUAGGUCAGUUUAAAGCGACGCUGAAAAAUCAUUUGCAAAUUUAAGGUGUUUUCUGUGGGUUUGUUUUUAUUUCUGCACACUAUUCUGUAAGAAUGUAUCUAUAGGUAUAAGCGCGUAUUCUCUCUCUUGUGGUGUUGCUACUCCAGGUGGCAGUGUGUAUAAGUAUUUUUUACUUUUUCUGCUUUCCUACAGCAGCUCUUUUUCGUAAAGUCAGCUUUGUUUGUAAAAUAAAAUCAAGUUCAAGUUCAAGAAGAAUGUGCUCCAUAUGAUGGAUCAAGUACAUGACUUUGAGCGUUUACUGGUAUAUUUAUCCAAGUACGAAAUUAUUAUCUACACAUCAGUCAAGAGUAAAAGCCAUAUGUAAUUGUAAAUAUAUUCUGCCGUAUACAUGUGGUACCCUAACACUCAUAAAAUGAGUUUUCAAAUCAUUUCAACGACACAUAAAAUUCUUAAACGACAUGAAAAUUUCAAAGAGUGUCUCUAAUUAUCCCUCCAAGUACUCUAUAUGCCAAUAUAUGUAUGUAUCCACAAUACAAUCAAAGGAACCGAAACAGCUGUCAACUAUCUGAAAAUCAAACAAUGUCAUGCAUGGGUAAUUUUUCAUCAGUGAAGAUGGUCCGAGAUUGAGUGACAUCUGGGGCCUGUUAAAAUGCCUUCAGUUGCGCCCUCUAUUUUGAAAUUCCGACAACCAUAAGUGCAGCACAAUUAGAACAAUCGUACUUGAUUUCUCUAUUAUACUAUAUCAGAGGACAAAAUGAGUCAAGCAUUGAAAUUCUUAUUGCGCUUUUUUGUCUUUGAGUACUAUAGAAAUCUUCUGUUAGAAACCACAAAAUAGUAAUGAUUUCCUCACAGCUUUUCGUCGGAUCUAUCUUAGAUUAGUUGUUGUAGAAGAGUGAUUGAGCAUUUCAGCAGAAGAAUUUGAACGUUCCUUUUUAUUUAGAACCGAGAGAGAAAUAGUUACACGAUACGAAUGCAUGCUAAUUUUUUUCUGUUUUUAUUUAUAGGUAGAAAAUUUUUACAAAAAUGGGUUGCAUACUUGGAAUGCUGGGAUGCUGUUGUGGAUCAACGGCCUGCUCCUUGUGUUGCGCUUGCGCUCCUAGUUGCAGAAAUUCAGUGGCUACACGACUGGCAUAUGGAAUAUUAUUAUUGUAUGUCGAUCUCGGCGAUAUUUUUGGCUCCUGGUUUAGCUAAUUCGUUAGCGAAAAUACCAGCUUUGUGCAAUAACUACACUGUCGCAGGUGUACACGUAUUAGAUGGUCACUUAAAAUGCACAGAUGUUGUUGGUUAUUUGAGUGUUUAUCGUAUCGGUUUUUCAAUGGCCUGUUUCUUUUUUGCAUUUACGCUCAUUAUGUUAUUUGUUAGAACAUCGAAAGAUCCACGAUCUGGUCUGCAGAAUGGAUUCUGGUUUUUUAAAAUAGUUUUUAUCAUUGGACUGUGUAUUGGCGCAUUCUUUAUUCCGAGUCGUGGUUUUGCACCCGCUAUUAUGGUUAUUGGCAGUAUCUGCAGUUUUAUUUUCAUUAUCAUUCAGUUGAUCUUAAUUAUUGAUUUUGCGCACACAUGGAACGAGAACUGGGUUGCACAAGGUGAAAGCGGCAGUAAAAAGCAUUAUUGUGGUUUGAUUUUUUUCACGAUUUUGUUCUAUGUAUUAUCACUUGUUGCCAUUAUUCUUCUAUACGUCUUUUAUGCUAGUAAACCUGCUUGCUCAUUACAUAUAACUUUUGUUACAAUCAAUAUGAUUUUGUGUAUUAUUGUCUCAGUGAUAAGUGUAUUGCCUGUUGUUCAACAAUAUCAUUCGGCAUCUGGUUUAUUACAAUCAUCAUUUGUUACACUAUAUGUAUGCUUUCUAACAUGGUCUGCAAUUACUAAUCGACCGACAAGUAAAGAAUGUAACCCACCAUUGAUGGGUAUGAUUCGAGGAGAUUCAACAGCACCAAAAACAGGCAUUGAUCCAGCAAGUAUUGUUGCACUAUUGAUCUUUUUUGGUUUAAUUAUUUAUUCAACAUUAACAAGUUCAACGAAAUCAUCUAGUGGCAAAUUAUUGGGUAUUUCUGGUAAUGACGAGACUGGCGAUGCGGUACCACAAGAAGAGGGUGGAAAAACAUAUGACGACGAAGAAACUAGUGUUGCCUAUAAUUAUUCAUUAUUUCAUUUCAUGUUUUUCUUGGCUUCAUUUUAUGUUAUGAUGACAUUAACCAGUUGGUUUAGACCCACAGGCGAUUUUAAUACUUUUCAACAGAACGACUCAGCUGUCUGGGUCAAAAUUGCAUCGGCAUGGACAUGUUUGGCUGUCUAUUUAUGGACUAUCAUCGCACCAUGUCUUUGUCGCAAUCGAGAUUUUUCUUAA